ACGAGGAUGAAGGUACUGAUGUCCAAGAUGAACAUGAUGAUGCCCUACUCAAUGAGGAGGUCGAUGAGGAAGAUGAAGCUAAUGCCUAUACAUUUUUGCCUAGCCCAAGUAAGAAAUCGGAAAAGGAAAUAUUUGCCAAGCAAAUACGACCAAUGGGACCUUAUCCCACUUAUAAUAAUAUGCAAGCUAAUGAUAAAGUAGUAUUUUCCCAAGCUCUAACACGUUAUCAACAGCAUCAACAGGAUAAACAUUAUUAUUCCGAUAGUUCGGAAGCAAAGACUCCCAAAAAAACAAAAGAAGCGAGUACAAUUCAAUACCAGUCCCUUAGGACCCACCGUUCCUAGUUCCACACAUAAAAUGCCUCUCAAACCAGCUAUACAGCAACAAAAAUACAAAGCCUCCGAUGCUUCAGAAUAUUUUCAUUUACGUGACUUUGAUUGUUCUUCAUAUGCCGGCAGCGUAGCCGGCUCCUCCACAUCCAAUUCAACGUCUUCAUCUAUAAAACAUCAGGAACAGCAAGAAUCAACAAAUCAAAAAUGUAUAAAUAAACAAGAAAUUUUAAAAUAUACAACUAAUAACGUAAAAGAUCACAAUAAUAAGUGUUCAAAUUUCGAUAAAAAUUUGUCAGUUUUUAAUCAAAAAUCAUUGAAUAUGAAUUUAAAACAGAAAACCAUAAAAAAUGUUAAGAUAAAUUUGAAAAAACUUAGAUUUAAUAACGAUAUUUCAUUAACCAAUUUUAAAAGUAACUUUAGUAAGGAACAAUUACACCCACCACACACACAACAAAGCACAACACUAAUUAUAAGUAAUACUAAGAAUAAUGAUAACUUUACCACUUAUAAACGCACUGAGACUUGUCAAUUGAAAUGUAAUCCUAUUUCCACAAUCACUAAACAAAGUGAUGAUGAUAUGAUUUUUAAGAAACCUUUGCCGGUAACCAAAAAAGUGUUAAAAUCAUCACCCAAACCCUUAAGGAUACAUAAAGUUGUUUCUCUAAGGAGGCAACAACAACAACAACAUCCUUAUAAUGUUAAGCCUAGAGAAGUAAAAAAGAGUGAAACUCCACAGUUAGUAAAUGAUGUAUUGAAGGUUUGCAUAAAGCAAGAAAAUGUCGACGAUAAUAGGGCUUUAGAAAAACCUUUAGCGGUUGAAAAUGUUAAUGAUAACAAAACACAAUUGGCUUCAACGGAAGAUGAUGUUGAAAUGGAUGAUUUGUCUAAAAUAAGUAAAUUACUUACGGAGAAAAUCAAUAGUCUAACAUGUGAUAAAACUGAAAAGUCUAAAGAGCUGAAAGGGACCAAUGAUUUGCUAAUUUCCCAGGAAUUGUCUAAGGAAAGUUUGGAUAAAGAAAAGGAAAGUGUUACUCCAAAGGAUUCAGAAGCAAAAGAAAUUUUAGUUGAUGAAAAUAUAACAAAACCAAAUAAACAAUUGGUGGAUGAAAGCAACACCAAUUUGUCAGAGGAUAAUGCCGCAUGUGAUGAACUAAAUCCUAUUAUAUUGGAGGAAAAAGAGAUUAGAGAGCAACAAAAUAAUACAGAAAAUGUAAACGAAAGCUUAGAAACCAAAGAAGCAACUUUAAAUCUGGACGAGGAUAAAAAUACUUCAAAUUCAAAAGCAGAACAAGAGGAAGAUGUUGUGAAAGAUACGGCAGAAGAACAGCCGAAGGAAACUGAACAGGAAACAGAAGACAAUUUGCAAACUAGUAGUAUGGAAGCCGAAGAAAAACCUAUCAGUGAAACAAUAACGAAAGAUGGUGACACUAACGAUACAACGGCAACACAGGAAUCAAAAAUUCUUAAUGAAGAGCAACAGAGUACCGCCAUGGAAUCCACAGAAACCUCCGAAGAAGAGGAUAGAACAGAAACUGCCAAACUGGUGACCAAUUUUUGUGCGGAAUUUUUGGCUGGUUUACAAAAUGAACCUUUACCUCAUGCUUUAAGUGAAACGGCCGGAGAAGAGGAAACAGGACACGGCGAUUCAAAGAAUGAUAAUGAUUUUGAGUUUGAAAAUAAUUGCUCUACGCCCAUUUCCAUGUGUCAUAUUGAUUUAGAUGUUAUGACAGAGAAUACCUCGGAACAGCCAGCAAGCAUGCCGUUAACACAGUUGGACGCAGAAGCUUGUGAAGCUGCUAAACUUUUAGAGGAUUUUAAUAAUAAAACUGAAGAUAUAGUGGAUAAUGCUUUAAAUAAAAAAGCACUCGACAGCAACGAAUCAAUUGGAAACUCUGUUAAACAGGAUGUUAAGGAGGCGGAUAUGGACAAGCAACCACUUAAAAGAUUAAGAGAAAAAGAUGAAGAACACGAAGACGAAUUGUUAAUUGAAACCAAGAAAACUAAAUGUAAGGAGACAGAUGAAGAUAGUUCAAACUCUUCUAAAGAGAAUGUAACAGCUUCCAGUAAUAUCGAAGAGUCCGAACACAUGGAAGAAGAUACAAAAAUUGAAGUUAAGGAAACUAAAAUCAAUAGCAAAGAUAACAAAGAUUCCAACAUAACCACCAGCAAUAGUAUCAAUGAGUUAAAGUUAACAUCUUCAAAAACUCUUAAGAAACAUAAGAAUAAUUCCAGCCACCCAGAGCUAACUAAAGAGAAGAAAUUGAAAAGAUCUAACAAGUCCACGAAAGUUCAAGAAAAAUGUCCCAACUUCCCAAAAUCUGAAAACGUUAAAGAAGAAGAUACAGAAGAAAAAUCUAACAAUGAAAAUACCCCAAAUGAAAAUCUAGAAACUAACACUGAACCAUUGUCACAGGAGCAUUCCCCGAAAGAAGAGGAAACGAGAACUCAACAAGUAGAAGCUUCUUUAAAUGAAAAUCAGCACAUGACCUUAGAAUUGGGCAAUUGGAAUAAGGGGGACAUGGAAAAUGAAACCAAAACUAAUGACUCUGAUAGCCAAGGAGUUUCAGCUAUAUUUUCCUUUCCAAAAAUCCCCAUUAUAUCUAUAUCGAUAUGUACUACACCAAAUAAUAAAACCUAUUUCAAAAUAUCAAAUCGUGAAAAUGAAAAACAAAUGAAAGAGGGAAAUAAUAAAUCCAAGAAAUCAAAAUCGACACAACAAGACUUGGAAGCAGAAACCAAAAAUGAAGAGAAAGUUGUAAGCACAAGUUUGGAAACGCAGGAAAUUGUUAAAAACCUGGAGGAAAGUAAUGAUAAUGCUGAAACCUUUAAUGAGGACGAAGAGGAGGAAGUUGAGGAGAAAGAUGACGAAGAAGAAGAAGAGGACGAUGAGGAGGAAGAAGAGGAGGAAGCUGAUAACAUGGAAAUUGAAAAAUUUAACCAUGACUCCAAUUCAGCCUGUUCUUUGCCCUUGAAAAAGAGACCCACACAAGCUGAACACAAUGAGGAAACAGAGGAUACUCAACUUACUUUGGCUACAACAUAUGAACAGCCACAAGAAAUAGCAGCCGAAGUAGUUAUAGAAGACACAGAUAAAGACAAGGAAACAUUAAUAGAGGUUAACCCGCCUGAAAUAAAGGAAAACUUAGAGCAAGAGCUGCAGCAAGAAGAUAACAAAACUGUUGAAAACGAAAAUCACUCCAGCGAAGCAACAUUUAGUUUAACUGCCCCCGAUUAUGAUGAUAAUAAACCAUCUACAAGUGCUAAUUGUUUAAGAAAAUUAACCGAUCCUUCCUCACCUUUCAAAAGACGUGUUCAUAUGCCGGUAAGAGCCGUAGGACAGCCUCCUAUACAAAUAGUGGCACCACAACUAAAAGAUAACCCUCAACCUUGUCUAGCGCCCGAAAAUCGGCCAAUGGACUCUCAACAACUGCCAACAGUAACACGUAUGCAGACCCAAACAACACAACCUUUGCCGGAAUCUUAUCCCGCCACUCCUAUGUUAAGUGUAGCUAAUGUGGAGAAGUUAAUGGAUCUCAAUCGUUUCAUUGAAGAUCUUUUAGCUUCACCCGAUGUCAUGACCAUUAUAGACAAUGCCAAUGCUUGUGGUUAUUAUGCCGAAGGUCAAGCUUACGAAAUGGAACGUAUAGCCAUAUUAGAACAUUACAAUAUAGCCAAUGCUAAGGGCAAUACAUCGGUCACCAAACCUUUGUAUUGGAAGAAAAGUGCAGGAGAUACCAUAUCCAUUUUCAAUGAUAAUGACAAUGAAUGGAUUGCUUUGCCACCUUCCACCGCCAAGCAAUUGCUUAAGUUAUCUUUUGUUCUGUCCAUUUUACAGCAACAGUAUAAAGUAAGUGAUGUACGCCAGCGCAUUAAUAUAGCGCUUACUUUCCUCAUACAAACCUCUUAUACCUCGAAAUUCAAAAACAACUCUAAAGCAGCCAAUUCUUUGCAACAACGUAUGCAAUUAUAUUCUAGAAGCAUAUCCGAAGCCACCAACAGUGGUCAUAACAUUUCACAACCUUUGCCUUCUGCCUCAUAUUUUCGUAUUGCCACCAAUAAUGAGGCUUUAAAUACAAAUUUCAAUGUCACACACAAUAUGGAUGCAGUGCAAGAUUUUCAACCCACAAAUUACUCUAAUAAUGCACCACAAAAUGAAAUAUCCUUAAACCAGGAGCCUGUAGUGAACGCCAAUCAAAAUUGGAAUAAUUUAAUUUCAUCUGUAACAAACACAGGACAGGUUGUUGAACAAAACAAUAAUAAUAACACUAACAGUCCCCAAAGACUGACAGAAGUUGAACAACAACAGCAACAAGUUCAAGAUAAACGCAACUCCUCCUGGGAUGAGUUAAACAAUGAUCAGCUUUAUAUCAAUCCUCCUUGUGCUACCAGUCCUCAAAAUGAAGUUAUUGUUAAUACCAAUGGUGUGCAGCUACACGAAAUGCCACAAAAUUUCCAAGAUCAACAGAAUAUUUUCAUUUCCAUAACCGAUGAAUCGGCUAACGAUAAUGGUGCUCUACACAAAUAUAAUACCAGGCAACAACAUCAAAUACAGCAGCAGCAGCAGCAGCAACACCUUAGAGCAAUAGGUGAUGAGGAACCCUCCUCCUCUUCUACUCAGCAAUUCUAUGCUAAGCGGCCUUGUUUAUCUAAUAAUAAUGCAACUGCUAAUCUAAUGCAAAAUAAUUUUUCCCGCAACAACGUUAUCAAUACUUUUGGGAAUCAAGAAAUCAAUUUACAAAAUCCUUAUCGCUUGCAACAAAAUCAGCAACAACAGCCAACAUCUUUAACAGUAACCAAUCAACAUUUAAAUGUUACCACCAGUCCCAGUUCCAAUUUUUCAGCGCAACGUAAUAUAACACCACAAAAUUUAGGACACAAUUUACCCAUAAAUAUCUAUAAUAAUAAUAGAAAUACAAACAAUCCCCUAGCACCACAACAACAACGUAUGAAUACUAGAUAUAACAACUCAUUUAAUGCUGCAACUACAGCGGCAACAACUCAACAACAAACUGCUAACAAAAAUUCUGAAUCAAAUUAUAAAGAAAUUUUACAACCCUAUAUAACCUAUUUGAUUAAGGAUCAUGAAAAGACCUCUAAACAUUUAUUGCAAGUUUUCGAAGAAGUUUCUAAUUCCCAUAGCAAUAUAGCAGAGAAAAAUAACAACAGCAAUAGUUUAAAUCAAUCGUCUCAAUUUAAUAGUUUAUUGCCUCCUUUAAUACGUAAUCCUCAACAGAAUCAUAUGCCGGGUUUACAUCAAUUACCCAGUAGUAGUGGCAGUGUAUUGCCCUCUUUAAUAAGAAAUCCUCAUCAGACCACAAUGCCUCAUAGAGAUUCGGGUGCAUUACAAGUGGUACAAUCAUUCCUCGAACAAACCCAAACCGAAUAUGAUAAUGCGCAACAAGCAAAGACAUCGGCAACAAUUUCCUCAUCUCCUACACUACCUGGUUUUGCUAAGGAAUAUGUUAAUUUUGUAGGCACUAGAGAUGAGAUAGUGCAAAAGCAUAAAUUGUCACAACAUUUGCCACAGCAAUUGCAGAAAAACCAUACUCAGCAGCAGGAGCAAUUGCAACAGGAUCCUCAACGCCUGAAUAGUGUUAAACGCAAAUGUCAGGAAAGAAAUGAUAGGUUAGCAGAAGAUUUAAAACGUAAAAUGAUGGAAUUUUCCUUACUCAAACAUAAUGUCCAAACAAAGCUAAUGGAAAAACAACAAGGUGAACUCAAAAAAGACGCCAACACCAACUCAAAUAUCAAACGUCGUGGUAGACCUAAAAAGAAUUUACUUACAACAGAAACUACAUCGUCUGCUUCUUCUACAGCAUCCUUGUGUAAUAGCGAUUCUAGUUGUGAAGCCUCAAGUCCUACAACAUCCAAGCAGAAGAAAGCAAAACAAACCUCUGCCCGGGUAACAAGACGUCAACAGAAUAAUAAUGAUUUAAACAAUACAAACACUACCACCAGCACAACCACCACCACUAUAGAUCAUGCCUACUUUAGGCAACGCACUGCAGCACGAGAAGCUGUCAAACGUAUAAAUGCCACUGUUAAUAAUAAUUUUCAAUAGAUUCACAGGAGAAUUGUUUAAAAAUCGAGAACUACUUUAGAAAACCUUUGGGCAAAAAGCAAAAUUAUAAUAGAUCUCAAUAUUUUUCCAAACCAAAAUCUUUAGAACUAAGGCAACUAAGUCUAGGAACUACUUAUAAGCUUCCUAUAUAAAAUGUUUGCAAUAUAAAAACAUUCUAAUCUAUCCAACAUAAGUCCACUAAAUCCAGCUCAAGGACAUAAAAAAGAAUCAAACAAAUGCACUCUUUUAUGAAUCUAGCAAAUGUAGCAAGUCUUGUAAAAGUACUACAGUUCGACUCUAUUUACAAAACUUGAUCUAAUUUGCAGAACUUAAUGUUAUGACAAAUUGUACUCAUUUUCGGGUUGUGGAAAACUUUAAACUUAGAGAUCUCUCUUUAACUAUUGAUUUACAUUGCAGAUCUUGUAAAUAUGCAAGACUUAAAACUUUAUAAUAUAAACUAGACCGAAAUUUGAUUUAAAUAAUUUUUCAGAAAUUAAAAAAAAAAAAAUAGGAAGACCUAAGACAAUAACUGUGCGAUACUCUGGUUUGCAAUAUAGUAUCUUGUAAAUAUGCAAGACCUGAAAAUAUAAUCGAGAUUGAGCUCGGGACUAAAAUUUAUGAAAAAAUAAAGAAUUUCUAAAAAAUAAAUAGAAAAUUAGCAAAAAUUUCAAACACCAAAUGUCAGACCUUGUAAAUUUGCAAGAACUAAAAGAUAU